AACUUACCUAUCUAUCUAUUGAUUUGUCGAUGAUACUGUCUAUUUUACCAACUUUUCGUCUUCGUUGUGUUUGCCUUUAGUGAAUCUCCGAAUAUACCAGAUUUUCGUUGUGAGUAAAAUAUUUUAAAAUCACUUUAUCAAUAUCAAAAAUGGAAGAAGCUCAACAUUACAUAAAUUUAGCGAGGCAAUUAAAUGAAUCCGGUAAUUACGGAAAUGCUUUUAAUUCUUAUAUUGUGGCAUUAAAAAAAAAUCCAGACAUCAAAGAUGAACUAGAAGUUGAAUUUCGUAAUACUCUUUCGAGACAUAAUGAAGUACUUGCAAAUGCCAGUAAAAUGGAGGAUAUAUUUGCUAAUUUUGGUAAAGCUCUUGAUGUGUAUCCUACCAAUGCUAACCUGGUUAAUGACAUUGGAAAGUACCUUUAUAAAUUUGGCUUUUAUACAGAAGCUUGGGCCCAUUUUCAAAGAUCUUUAAAUUUGAAUUCAAGCUCAGUUAAUGCAGAAAAAAACAUAAACUCAAUAAAAAAUCUUCUGCUUGAAAGAUGGCAUUUCAGAAUGUUGAAUGAUAAGGUGCGCAAUGAAGCUUAUUAUAAUGCCAUAAGUGAAACUGUGAUUCGCUUCAAAGAUAGUGUUUUAGAUAUAGGCACAGGCACAGGAAUAUUGGCAAUGUUUGCUACUGAUUGCUCGGCUACUGUAGUGACUGGUAUUGAAGCUUCGGAAAAUAUUGCUUGGUUGGCAGAGUGUGUAACCCAAGGCAAUAACAAACAUGAUAUAGUUAUUGUCAAUAAGAUGUCAACUACACUGAAUUAUAGGGACAUAGGUGGAAAAAGAUCUAUAAUAGUGACAGAAAUGUUUGAUGCUGGUUUACUUGGUGAACAUGUAUUGCAAACAUUGGCUCAUGCAUGGGAAUACUUUGCCAUUCCUACUUCUCAGAUAAUACCCAACAAAGCUGAAUUUUUUGUAAUAGCAGCCAAAUCUGAAUAUCUUAAUAAAAAAUAUCACUUAAGCUCAGAAGUAAAGAAGUGGUUAGAAAUCACACUUGAUGCACAUCUUCUAACAGAUGAUGAGUCUUAUGAUUGUGAAGAUGUUGACUUAUUAAAAGAUUUAAAAUAUAUGUCAGAACCUCAGUCUCUAUUUAAAAUAGACUUCAAUGAUUAUCUUGACAUUCAGGAAAUGCUAAGUCGGUCUGAACCAUACUCUGUUCAGUUGACAACUACAGAAGAUGGAGAAAUACACUUUUUUAUUGGAUGGUUCAAUUUAUACUUAACCAAACAUAUAACUUUGACAACAGAUCCAAGAUCUAAAACAAAAGCCAGUGCUUGGCAGCAAGCUGUUUUUUAUGAUAAUAUACCAAAAACUGUCAAGAAAAAUAGUAUUAUAGAUUUAGAAUUUUUGAUAAAUGGAGGAAAAUUAACAAUGGAGAGUGAUUAUACUACUCCCAUCUUAAGGAUCUCACAAGAAACAAUGAGGUUUCUGAAUGAUAUGGAAAAUGUAAAAAUGAUAGCAGGGUGCAUAGGGAUGGCUAGUGUCUAUUUGGGUCAAAUGACUGAGAUGACUCAGACCAAUAUUGUGGACUUGUCCCCCUUUCCUAUAUUUGGAUUACUUAUGUUAAAGCGUGGUAUACAAUCUCUCUUUUGUUAUGCAAAAACAGACUAUGAUAAGAAGUUCUUUAAGGAAGUAUUCAAAGCACACAAUCUACCAUUGUCUAAAAUCCAUAUUUUGGUUGGAGAUGGUUGGGGAUCUGAAGUAUUCCGACACCAAAGAUUCCAUGCAGUAUAUUAUAACAUAUUGGAAAUAUGUGGUGAUAUAGACUCACGUCUUAGAGAUAUACUCAAUGAUAUCACCCACAAUCAUAUUUUCAGAGGAAGUUUGAUUAUACCUGCUAAAAUAAACCUAAUGAUUCAAGUUAUUAAUAGCAAUUGGCUAGAUGUUAACAACAGAGUUUAUGAUGAGAAUGUCAAAAACUAUAAAGUUGCUGAAUAUAUUAAUAAGUAUGAAGUAACACAAAAUUUUAAUAUCGAUUUUUCACUGUUGGAAUAUACUGCUGUUACUGAUGCCUUAUGUAUGGGGUCAAUUUGCAGUGACACUAUGUUACAAGUCGUGACUUUACCAGUUAUAAAGGAUGGUCCUGCAAAUGCUAUCAUGUGCUGGUACAGCAUAGAAGUGAUGGAGGGAGUAGAAGGUCUAUCAACAAAAAGACCUGGUUGCUUCAUGGAUGGGACAUUAUACUUAAUUCAUCCAAAGACUCCACUGACGGCGGGAAAUUCGUUGAGUAUUUUACGAUGCACUGACCCAGAUGGAUCUUUCAAAUUAAUGCUUGGGAAUGAACCUACUACUUAAAUGUCCCCUUAAAAGGUCAUUGUUAAGUGUAUAUUGUCAGUACAGGAGCAACCAAAUGAUAAUAUUCUUUUACAUGUGCCGGACUUCGGUAGGUUGUAUACAAACAAAAGUUCGAAAUUGUGCUAUAGGAGUGCAAUUAUAAUAACAGCACGAAAGACAUUUAAAUCAAUAGUUCUUAUAGAGGAUAUAAAUUUUAAAUGCACCACAAAAUAAAAUAUAUGCUAUUCAAGUUUUAUAGCACUGAAGUUUAUCUUUUAGCACUUCAUAGAUCACAGUAUUUAUUAUGGAAAAUAUAUGAGAACUUAUCCAUGACAAAAAGUUUAUUCUUUAAAAAAUAUAACAAAUUUCUUACUUCAAAAACUUGAAUAUUUUUAUUUAUUUUUAGAAUUUUAUGUUAACAAACAUCAUAAGAACGGAUACGCAAUCUUGUGUUUUCAUAGAUGAUAUAAUGUGUCGUACGUGAAUGCGUGAGCGUGUUAGAAAGUUGUAUGUUACAAACGGCUGUUUCAGAAUUCAUUUAAUUGUAGACUUGUAGUGCAGUCUCGGUCUAAGGCUGAGCCUGCUAUUUAUAAUUCUUCCAACUUUAAGUUUAUU